AUGGCUACUCGUCGAGGAGUUGGACUCGGCGCCUUCGCCAAUCGCACUCAAGCCAGCCAGUCAUUUGCGAAUCAUGGCGCCAAUCUACGCUCCUCGCAUCUCUCCUCUUUACAGACGCAACUGUCUGUAUUCCAGUCAUUACUCCACACCUUCGCGCUGGAACACAGCUCCACGAUCAAGUCGAACCCGACGUUUAGAGCGGAGUUUGCCCGCAUGUGCAAUGCCAUAGGAGUCGAUCCCCUCGCAGCCAGCAAUGUUAAAGGAAAGAAUGCGCGAAAAGGGUUAGGGGAGAUUGGCAGCUUCUGGACGCAGAUUAUGGGUGGGGAUAUGAAUGACUUCUACUUUGAGGUCGCUGUCAGAGUGGUGGAACUUUGUCGCGCUACGCGAAGCGAAAACGGCGGGUUAAUAGGUGUUGAGGAGUGUCGGAAACGAGUAGGCAAGGGGAAGGCUAUUGGUAGUGGACUGGAGGUUACAGACGACGAUGUUCUCCGAGCUGUCAAGAGUCUGGAACCCCUAGGCUCUGGAUUCUCGAUUGUACAUGUCGGCAGCAAGCAAUAUAUUCGAUCGAUUCCGAAGGAGCUAAACACUGAUCAGGCUACAGUCCUCGAAGCUAUUCAGGUUCUUGGCUACGUAAGCAUCUCUAUGCUUCAAGCGAAUCUGAACUGGGAGAAGGCUCGAGCGCAGACUGUCAUUGAUGAUCUACUGGCGGAUGGCCUUGUCUGGCUGGAUGCUCAAGCGGAGGAAAAUGAGUAUUGGUCACCUCAAAACCUGCUAGAUGACAGUGGGUGA